AUGUCCGGUGUCGCAAAGCACUUGGGGGAAGCGUUGAAGCUGCGGAAGCAGGCUGAUACGGCGGAUAUGGACUCUCUAUCCGGCAAGACCGUGUUCUUUUACUUCUCGGCAAGCUGGUGCCCGCCGUGCCGUGGCUUCACCCCGCAGCUGGUGGAGUUCUAUGAGAAGCACCACGAUUCGAAGAACUUCGAGAUCAUACUUGCGUCAUGGGACGAGGAGGAGGACGACUUCAAUGCGUACUACGCCAAGAUGCCAUGGCUUUCGAUCCCGUUUGCGAAUCGCAACAUUGUGGAGGCGCUAACGAAGAAAUAUUCUGUGGAAUCGAUUCCGACGCUCAUUGGCUUGAACGCGGACACGGGUGAUACCGUGACAACGCGCGCGCGCCACGCGCUGACGCAGGACCCCAUGGGCGAACAGUUUCCGUGGAGAGACGAGUAA